AUGUUAAAGGGAUCGGGCGCCGGAGCGACCUCAUGCAACAUGGCCGCCGCUGCCAAACCCACGACCAAACGACCAAACCCACGACCAAACCCACGACCAAACCCACGACCAAACGACCAAACCCACGACCAAACCCACGACCAAACGACCAAACCCACGACCAAACCCACGACCAAACGACCAAACCCACGACCAAACCCACGACCAAACGACCAAACCCACGACCAAACCCACGACCAAACGACCAAACCCACGACCAAACCCACGACCAAACGACCAAACCCACGACCAAACCCACGACCAAACGACCAAACCCACGACCAAACGACCAAACCCACGACCAAACCCACGACCAAACGACCAAACCCACGACCAAACCCACGACCAAACGACCAAACCCACGACCAAACCCACGACCAAACGACCAAACCCACGACCAAACCCACGACCAAACGACCAAACCCACGACCAAACCAAGAGAAGAAGAAAGAGCCCUUUAAUGGAUCUACUCUUGCAGCAUCUGAAUAUAGCGCAUAUCUGAGGGACCCAAACACCCUGAACCCGAGUCUGAGGGACCCAAACACCCUGAACCCGAGUCUGAGGGACCCAAACACCCUGAACCCGAGUCUGAGGGACCCAAACACCCUGAACCCGGGUCUGAGGGACCCAAACACCCUGAACCCGGGUCUGAGGGACCCAAACACCCUGAACCCGGGUCUAACCCAUUCAGGCCUGCUUAUCCCCUCCCUCACUGGUUAUCCCCUCCCUCACUGGUUAGCCCCUCCCUCACUGGUUAGCCCCUCCCACACUGGUUAG